CGCCGUACCGCUUUCGCUUGUGUUACACCACGGACUAUUUCCACUGCUAUUACAAUACGCGUUUAACGAUCGUCCUAUAACAUAAUUGAUUUAUAAUUGUGAUAAUACGCGGUUUUGACUCAAAGUGAUUUUUUGAUAACGUAUUUUUUUUUAUUUUAUAAAAAAAAUGUUAAUUGUAUCGUAAAAGUUAUUUCUUCGGAAAAUAAAUUCGGUGUAAACAUUUUUUUUUUAUUCGAAAGAAAAUGCAUAAACGAAAACCAUGUAGGGGCCGGUUUCGGUGAGAUGUUGGGUGAAGAUUAGUGUUGGACUGAGGUACUGAGAGUUGUUUCAUGGAUGUGGAAAACGCGGAGUGUUGGAGGGCCGGAGGAGAGAGGAUGGUGGCCGAGGAAGGAAAGACGAGGGCGACUGACUUCUCGAUCGCGGCGAUCAUGGCCCGCAGCGGCACCGAGCCGCGCAGCCCCGUCGCGCAAACACCGCCACACACCGGUUCGGUAUCCAGGCAAAGUUCGCCGGCGUCGCUCAGCUCUCCAGCGUCGAGCUGCCGGUCCCCCCUGCCGGACGAAGAUGUGGAGGUGGACGUGGAACAGUGUUCUGAUGGAGAGCGAGACGCCUCCGAUCACGCUGUGCCUUCACCUGCACCAUCCUCUGAACUAGGAGAGAGGGACACGCCUUCACCAGCGAGGCCGCUUCCUCCAGCCACCUCCUGCAACUGCGAAGAGUUGCUCUCCGUAGACUGCCAGCUGGAAACCAAGGAAUUAUGGGACAAGUUCCAUGACCUUGGCACCGAGAUGAUCAUCACUAAGAGUGGCAGACGCAUGUUCCCGACGGUGCGCGUAUCGUUCGCGGGGUGCCGCGCGGACGCGCGCUACGCCGUGCUGCUGGACGUGGUGCCGGUGGACGGCAAGCGGUACCGCUACGCGUACCACCGCUCGUCCUGGCUGGUGGCCGGCAAGGCGGACCCGCCAGCACCCGCGCGCCUCUACCCGCACCCUGACUCGCCCUUCUCCGGUGACCAGCUGCGCAAGCAGGUCGUCUCCUUCGAGAAGGUCAAGCUCACCAACAACGAAAUGGACAAGAAUGGACAGAUCGUCCUGAACUCGAUGCAUCGAUAUCAGCCUCGGAUCCAUCUCGUCAAGGUCCGCGAAGGAGGUGGUCCCAUCACGGACCUCUCGAGGGAACAGCACCGCACCUUCGUCUUCCCGGAGACAGUCUUCACAGCUGUCACCGCCUACCAGAACCAGCUCAUCACGAAGCUCAAGAUAGACUCGAAUCCUUUUGCUAAAGGAUUCAGAGACUCAUCGCGACUGACGGACUUUGAUAGAGACCCGAUGGAGCUGAUGUUGAUGGAGCAGCAGUUGUUGCGCUCUCCGUUGCGGCUGUAUGCGGGCGGUGCGGAGGAGGAGGCAGAGAAACGAGCAGCUUGGGCGCGGUCUCCGGCAGCGCUGCAGCUCCUGGCACUGGGAGGCCGCGCGUGGCCCGCCACCUGGCCGCAGCCUCUGGCGCUACCCCACGACCUCUGGCUCCAGAAGCCACCCACGCCGCUGCGCUACUGCCCCUACCCGCCCCCCGCGCACCCCAACGCUCCUCCUCAGCCUCGCCCGCAGCACUCACCGUCACCCAGACAUCCACUGUGAACAUACCAACACAAUCCUGGACUGUGCUCUUACCCCUACUAUUUGCCACUUUCACACUGCUAAUGAACUGGAUUCUAAGGACGAGUCCUGAAGUAUAGUGGCAAGUUGGGUCGCAAUGAAAACGUGCUGUGACAACCGCAUCAUCGAGUACUCGUAGUAGUGGCUCACGCGAACUAAAUGAUGAGGCCGGCUAGUAAAGAGACUAUGUGUUUAUUUAAAGUGAGUUUCAAAUUAGUACCUUAAUAGACGAAUGUAUGUAACUGAGUAGUUUAAGAGGUUGUCAAUAGGUAUAACGUGUACUUUAAUACAUAAUUUCAAGGUUCCUACCCGAAGUAUAAUAUUGAGAAGUAAUGUUAAUGUAGAGUGAAAUGAAUAUUAAUUAACAAUAGUUACCUGCACAUAUUGUAUUUGUAUGAUUCUUACUGAUUUAUGUUUCCUUCCUUUCAUGGUGUUUAGCAAUAUGUUAUCUUUUAAAAUUACAUCGUAAUGAUUGAUAUAGUAAACCAAAGAAAUGCGUUAAAAUGACGGAAACAGGAUUCUUUACAUUCCAGAAAGUAUAAUUAUAUUGCUUAGCUUUCAUUUGUAUAGAUCUGAAAUUCGUUAAAUGUCCGUGAAAUCUCGAUCUCAUUAAGUUUAUACGUAUUACCAAUAUUGUGUUGAUUCACAGAAUAAUGUUUGACAUAUUCAUUUUUUUUCAUUCACUUUUCACCAAACUUAUAUAAAUGAAUGACGAACCUAUUGAUAAAUUAAGGAGAUUAUUGAUAUUUCCACGUGAAAGUGCAGGGUUUGAAGACGUAACAGUCGAUCUUCCUGCAACUUUCAAUUUUACCAUGAUCAAUAUAAAGUUGUAUUUAGAUUCACAAUUAUAAUUUCUACCAAAACACCUUAAUGAGAAAGAGACGACAUAACACUUGACAACCCUAACGUAUUCUGUCGAGUACACACAUCCCAACACAUUGAAAAAAUGCGAAUUAAUUUGAACUCUAAGUCUUUAACAAUACGAACUAAAAUAAUAAUUAGUUAAUAUUAUAAUUUACGUCUCAAAAGGGACAGAUUCCAAACCCAAGUGAUGUUUAUUGUAUGUACCUAUUACCUAUGUAUUGUACAUUGUAUGGCUUAAGACUAUUUAUAUUUUACUUUUAGCUGUAAGAUAUAUGAAAAUGUAUGUACUGUAUAGUGGUUGACUAAAUUAUUUUUGUAGGAUAAGCACUGUAAAUAAUGGAACACUUAGAUGUUUAUAUCAAAUAAGAGGUUUUGAAGAAGUAUUGUCUUGUAGAGAAUAUUACGUGAAAGCUCGCAUUGUCGUCAUAUUUUUUUAUUCAAACCAACCCCAUAAUUAACUUAAACGUAAAAUAUACCCUAACACAAGAACAGUAAAGUUUAUUAUUCAUUGUACUGUGUACUUUAGUAACAAUUUAAAUCAAUGAUAAUAAUCGCCAUCCAAAACUAAAAUGCACUCUAACAACAAAGACGCAAAGUUUAUUUUUCAUUGUACUGUCUGCAUCAGCAAAUAAAUGUCUAUAGAUAGCAUAAAAUUGUAACCCUAAAAUGAAUUUGUGGGAUUUUAGUUCCCCAUCAUAAAUAUAAGAUGAUGAAUGUUACAUCACAUUCUCCCUCUGUAUCAAAGUAUUAUUGCAAAUGUGUGGGGAGAGGGGACUUCCAAUAAUGCUAAUGGAAUUUAACUUACAUAUUUAUAGAGCUUUUGUGGUUACUAGUGUUUUAUCAUCAAUAGAAAAUGAAUCAAUCAAUCAAUGAAUGAAUAAAAACUAUUUUUAUCAUGUCCAACUUCCUUAAAAUUCAUGAAUAAAUAAAUUAGUAAAAACUUUUUUUGAGUUAGUUCCAAAUUUAAAACGUUUUUUAAAAAUAAAAGAAUAAAUGUAGCCCAUUUGCAGUUGAGCUAAUUGAUUAUGACUUUUAUUGCUCAGUAAUAAAGGUGAUGAUGUAAGCAAAUAAAGAUUUGUAGUAUUAAGUACCUAUGUGGUUGAUGCAGUCAUAUUUUUGUCUUAUGAUUAAUGCCAUAGAGGUCAAAGUAAAUUGGAACAACCGAAAAGUAACUCAAGGCAAAAAUACAUUUUAAAAAGAGUAAAAAAUCCUAAUGAUCUGUGUAUGAUUUUAAAACAAAUUAUUGUAACAGUAAUAGUUAUAUAAACACUAAAUAACAAUUAUCAAUAUUGGUAUAGAGCAAUUAUAUAAAAAUGUCUUGACCUAAUAAAACUGCUAUGCAUCUAUUACAUUAAAUGUCAAACGGAAACACGUAUCAAAAUCGAAAAUAAUCUAUUUAUCCAUCAAUCAACUUUGAUAUUAAAAAAAAAACAGAUUAAGAAAAGGAUGUUGAUCAGAAUAUGAAUGUAUGAUAUCAUUGGUUUCCUUGAAACUUGGCUUAACUUUUUAAUAUGUUAGAGACCUGUAUUAUUCUAUUAUUUAUUUAGAUGAAUGAGCUUGUUAAUAUACAAGCGGAAAUACUUUAUAAGUACUUCAUAUUAGAGUUGAUAAUCGUACACAGCAAAAAAUAUAAACAAGUAUAUUUACUUUUAUGAAAUUCAAGAUUACUUAUUACCAUUAUUUGUAGAAUUGCAAAUGUGAAUUCAUCUUAAAAAAAUGUCGAUUGAAAAUUCUUGAAGGCAAAUUCUGUUUUAAUGUGACUUACAUGUCCCCUUUGGCGUUUAACAUGUUAACAAUUUAUUUAUUUUAAAUGCAGAAUAUUUUUAUAAUAAGUAAAUAAUUGUCUGUUUAAUAUUGUUUGUAUGUGAUUACAAAAAUAAUAAAUAUUUGUGGUAAAAUAUUGUGAAAUAAUUCAGUUUUUGUACGAAAUGCGAGCGACACGAUGAUGUAGCGACACAUAUCAGGGUUCAGCCCUAAGUGUUAAUAAACCGACAUGAAAACUU